GUGCACCCGGCCGACCCGCACACGCAGCGGCUGGGGGCGGGCGGCGUGCAGCUGUGUGCGGUGCAGGGGCGCAGUACGGCGAUCUGCCCGGUGCGGAUGCACCUGCAUGAGUGGGCGGCGAACUUUAGUGACCUGUUGGACAUCAACAAGGACCGCCACGUGCCCAUGGAGCAGCACGCGGACUGGCGCUACCUGCUGCAUGUGGACGGACAGGGCUUGUCCUCGAAGCUGGAAGUGCUGCUGACCCUUGGGUCACUGGUCAUGAAGGAAGAGUCGGGCUAUCAGGCCUUCUACCACCACCUCCUGCGGCCCAACGAGCACUACAUCCCCGUGUGGAAGACGGGUUCCGGACCCGAAGACAUCUUGGAAGCCGUCAACUGGGCUCGGACACAUGACUCCGAGGCUCACCGCAUAGCGCUAGCAGGCCAGGCCUUCGCAGCCCGAUUCUUGUCGGCGCAGGCGCGGGUGUGCUUUUGGUUGAAACUGUUUCAGGAGUACGGCAAAACGCUGACGUACGAUCCGAUAUCGUACAGAAACAUCACAUUUCAUGACGACGUUGGUCAGCUUGGGGGGGAUUCCGAAGGAGCGGGACUGCAAAAAGGUGUUGUUGUUGGGACGAGCAGGAGUGCCGACAAGACGAGGACAAAGAUUGCGAGAUCAAGCCUGCCGUACAUAAAGCCAGCGCAGCAGUUCCUUGAUGAGGAGGUUCGGCAAUACUUCCCCAACCUGCUGCGGGAAAUGGUAUGGGAACCAUGAAAGGGGGCGGGGGAGGGGCCAUGCAUGCGUGUGGGGCGCUUUUUGGGCCGUAUCGGUAGUAAGGAAGAAGAUUUAGGGGGCAUCUAUGGAAGAUGCCAACACCGUUAGAAAUGCGACGCGGAAGGCAGGCCUGGGAGCACAGUAUUGUUGGUAGAGCGCCAGUGAGGGGCACGAGGGGGAAGCCGUGAUGUCUCUUGCGGAAUGACCCAUGGGUCACUAACUCAUUGUUGCUUCUGUGAUGCAAGGAUUGUCUUGCGGGGUGCGGGAGGUGCCAAAAAGGCCAUUUAGUUGUUGUUAUAAGCUUGUUACGAGAACAAGUUUGAGUAAUGGAACGUAGCAGUGACUAGAGGGGGGAGGGGAGAAUUCGCGUGGUCAUGCCAGCGGGCAGCAGCAGCACCUGCAACUCUUGCGUGGAUGUGGACUGCGAUGCUGCGAGGGAACGAGGCGUCGCCGCG